CGGUUGAUGAUUUGUUGAAUGAAAGUCCUAAUACUACUGUUGAAAAUGCUUCACAUGCAUCAUUAGAGGAUGAAUUUGAGGAGGGAGUGACUGUAGCAGUCACUCAUCCUUUGUACUUAGCUCCCGGCGACACAAGUGGAAUAUUCUUGAUCUCAUUUCAGCUAACCGACACUGACAAUUACUCUCUAUGGCAUAGAUCUAUGCGAAUUGCAUUACUUGGUCGAAAUAAGCUGGGGAUUAUUGAUGGCAGGUGGCCUAAGGAGCGGUUUCGUGAGAAGUAUUGGUAUCAAUGGGAGAGGUGCAAUGCAAUCAUCUUGUCAUGGAUGAUGAAUUUAGUGGCUCCGGCAUUAAUCAGUGGGAUUGCAUACGCUACUAGUGCACAGGUAGUGUGGAUGGAUCUGCUGGAAUGUUUUGACAAGGUGAAUGAUACACGUUGCUAUAAUUUGCACAAGGAAAUUGCCACUCUAAAUCAAGGUACUGCGUCUAUUUCUAUUUACUACUCAAAGCUCAAAGACCUUUGGGAUGAGACUGAGUCUGUAUUACCUACUCUGUGA